CUCGUCAACUGGUCUGGCCCACCACGUUAAUCAAUGAUGACUACUCCGAACAUGUCUUCAAAACCCAAACAAACCACGUAUAAUACCCACUCGCGCACUCGCACUAGAGCCAGCUCAGUUUCUACCCCCGCCCACAAGAAAAAUGUAAAGGUGCGUGAUGACUUCGGAAAUCUCAUUGUUAACCUACUAUCAAGUGUUAAAACCCCGGUGGAGGGCCCGAGAUCACCGGCGGAACCGCCCAAUGCUGCGGGAUCCCCUUUAACUUCUGAGGGACGGUCCUACGAGACCGAAAAUGAAAUCCAACCCGCACUGAGACCCGUUCGUUCGUACAGUGAUGUGGUCCGUGUGCGAACCCCCUCAGUUGACCCUUGGGUCGACAGGGAGAUUAGACUAGCUGCGAGUACUUUAGUCGAGAUACCGACAGCAGCCAACCCGAGGACGAUGAUGAUCGUUUUUGGUCGACCGUUGCAAGAAAAUGCAACUGAAAGACGAUCUUCAACGAUGUCAACAAGAGCCGGGCAAAGAGACCCGAUGAGCAGAGUGAACCGACGCAAGUAUAGUGUUAGGCAUGACCGUGGAAAUGACACGGAGUCCCCUGGGGAAGGACCAUCCAAGGGAAAAGGUCCGGACCCUCGGAACUGGGGAGCAAUGAACCUAGAAGAGGGAGAAUUGGAUAUGGAGGCCCAACGCGCGGCUCUAGAAUCCUACAAACUGGAGAUCCCCGAGGGUGUCAAAGGGACGACAACGAUCAAGCCGCCAGAGAAGAAGAGGUGGUAAAGGUCGCUGUAGCUAAAGCAGAG